AGAGUGAACUGUCACUUCUGAUCCCAAACAUUCAUCAUUUUAGCGAGAAAGUUCUUGUUCGAUCCCUCCCGAAAUUCUGUGAUUUUGAGCAGAAAAGUGAAUGAAACCUGCUUUUGCGAGCUGCAGUCUCUAGCUUCGAUGGUUGUCUAGUGAUUUCAAGUGUUUGCCGUGCAAAUCGUGCCGGAACCACGUCGAUUUUCGUCUCAAAAGUUUGCCCAGUUCUCAUCACAGGAAAAGGUGAAGCAGAAAAAAAGAGGUCCAUCUCGCGUGCAUCAACAACAAAGCAGAAGAAAUAGCCUAAAACGGGUCCACCGUCGUUUUGCGAUAGCUAUUUAGGGAGGAGCAUCGCGAAACGAUCAGCAGCAGCAUUGGAGUCGCCGGUGACCGGAAUCGGAGUUCUAUGAACACGGACAAACCAGCCAAAAUCGACGGCGAUUCCAGCAAGACCGAUGAAGAAUCGUCGUCAUCCGGUCAGCAACGAACGCAAACAACUUCCUCCACCACCUCUAAAGUAACCCCACAUCUUCCUGAAAGGAAAAGCUCCCUAGAAGCAGACAAGCCUCUUCGUAGCAGCGCUAGUAUCUGCGAAAACCGGUCCAAGACAAGUACCCGACCCUCGUCAGCAUCCGCCAGUGGAUCUGCCAGCUGCUCGACUGCAACCGUUAGUACCGGAAGUGAAGACAUGAAACGCGCCUCGGCGAAAAAGCUUAUCGAAAGAUAUUUCUACCAACUGGUGGACGGCUGCGGCAACCCGAAAUGCAACAACAAAUACUGUGCCUCGAGCGGUAAGGUCGAAAAACUGUCCCCUAAUGCGGCCGCCGCCCGAGCAAUUCAGCUUUUCUCCUUGGAUGCUGAUCUGUGCGACACACACCCAUCCAAGGUACCGAAAACUAUGUCCAGUGCAUCUGCUCCCUCCGCUGCGUCCUGCUCUUCAGCAUCUUCGUCCGCCCCUCUGUUGAGUUCGGCUGCAAGGGAUGCGGGCUGUAGCAGUGGGAAUAUAUCCGCCGGGAGUUCUUCGGGGUCCAGUUCGGGACUGGACGAUUCCACCGCCAGCACUGAAGCGGAGUCCUCCUGGCGAUUGAUCGGAAGUGCUGAGUUGGAGGAAACGAACGACAGCUCAAACCAGGAAAUGGACUCCAUGGAUGAGGAUGAACCUCGAGAAUCAAAUGAGCGGAAGAAUCAAAACCACCAUUACGAAGGUGGAGGCGGAGAGGGCAGUGCUAAGAUUCCGUAUGCUCUCCGGAGUAGCUCUGCUAGUCAGGACAACAAUUCCUCCUUCGCCAGUUGUCUCUCAGAACUGUGUUCCACUAGUAGUGGAAAGAAGAAAACUCUUAGCGGCAGCAGUAGCUGCAAGGAAUCAAACAAAAAACAACGAGACUCUUCGCCAGUGGAAUUUCUGGACGAAGCCAAGCUUCAAGAACUGAUCGCUGCAUGCAAGCGCGACAACACGGAUACUCCCUUGAUCCGUACCCUGGGUGCCAUUUUUUCCUCAUACCAAUCGAUAGCGCUAAGUUUCCAAAAAAGACCUUGCUCGAGCAUCGACGCCAUGCUCGAAAAGGCACCGGGUGAUUUGAAAAAUCUCAAAAAAGAAGACUUGCGAACUCUGGAGGGGGAUCUGGACAAGGACGAGGACAGUUCGGCGGAAAAAGUACCAGAAACGAAGGAAAACCAUCACACGACAGUCGAUCUGGCCAGUUUGCGACGCUCGAUGAAGGCUCUCUACGAGGCGAAAAGCUCCGUGUUUGGUCCCAUUAACAAUGCCUUACAAGCCCUCGGGGAGUCCCUGAGCGUCGAACUACGUGUCCAUUUGACGAAGAAGGAGGACAUCGAACAGGUCAUUUCCGUUUUUGUGAUUGUCUUUGAAGUGUUGCAAAUCGGUACGGCCGAGUUUCUGGAAGUGUCACUUCCGCGGAUUUGUGCAGCCGUGUGUCACCUGCCGACGUGGGCACAGGCCCGAUUGGUGCACAUAUGGGCCAUGCACUGCAAAGAAGGCAUUCAACCGUUGCUGCAGUUGGUGCAGCAGUUGGUAACAAUCUCUACUUUGUCACUGAACUACUACCGAGAUGUGAAAAUACACGACAACGAAGUUGUUUGUAAUGCGACCAAGGUGAUGAAGCUGGUAUUCUACGCCAACAUAUUAGCCGGUGAGGUGGAUCCCAAACAUUACAGAGAAGCCGAUCUCGGUGACAUCGCACCGCCGACCUAUCUUUCACUGAUCCCGGAAGAUGACGAACCUCCGCUAUACAACAGCAAAGAGAAGAAAGCUAAACAGCAGAAACUGGAAGACCCCCUUGCAACCGAGCUAGACGUGAACAUUCUAGACUGCCGAAAACCCCACGUACCGUACGAGGAGUUCUACAACGAGCCCCUGUGCGACGUGAUCGAGAUGGAUCACGAUUAUCUGAACUACAAAAACAACACUACCUCGGAGGGAGCUUUCUUUGCGGACUCUACCAAAAAGUUCAGCUUUAUGCUGUACUCGUUCAUCCUCACACCGGCAACGAAAACCCUUGCCUUGUACUACGACUCACGGAUCCGGAUGUAUUCGGAACGGCGACUAAGCUUCUUGCAUCAACAGUUGGGAGGAGGCAUACAAAGUGUGAAUCCCUUCUUGAAGCUGAAGAUUCGAAGGGAUCAUAUCAUUGAUGACGCGUUAGUCGAGCUGGAGAUGAUCGCUAUGUCCAACCCGAAGGAUUUAAAGAAGCAACUUGUGGUAGAGUUCUCCGGGGAACAAGGAAUUGAUGAGGGCGGCGUAUCGAAGGAAUUUUUCCAACUGAUCAUUGAAGAAAUCUUCAAUCCGGAUUACGGAAUGUUCAUCAACAUUGAAGACACAAAUAUGGUGUGGUUCAAUUCUACAUCGUUCGAAAACGAGGCCCAGUUUACGCUGAUCGGCAUAGUGCUCGGGUUGGCGAUCUACAACAAUAUCAUUUUGGCCGUGAACUUCCCCAUGGUGGUCUAUCGAAAGCUGAUGGGAAUGAAGGGAUCCUUCAUCGAUUUACGGGACUGGAACCCGGUUUUAUACAAUAGUUUGAAAUCCAUUUUGGACCAUCAAGAAAACGACAUGGAGGAAGUGUUUAUGCAAACGUUCAAAAUUUGCUACAAGGACGUGUUUGGUAAUACGUUAGAUCACGAGCUAAAACCCGACGGAGAUAAGAUCUUCGUCAACCAAGACAACAAACAGGAGUUUGUUGAGCUCUACGCGGACUUUUUGCUCAACCAGAACAUCGAAAAACAGUUUAUGGCGUUUAAGCGUGGCUUCCAGAUGGUAACGGACGAAAGUCCCUUGCAUCUGCUGUUCCGACCGGAAGAGGUCGAACUGAUUGUGUGUGGUAGCAAAGAAUUUGACUUCAACGAACUGGAACAGUCGACCGAGUACGAGGGUGGGUUUACGGCCGAGUCUCAGACGAUCAAGGACUUUUGGGAUAUCGUGCAUGGGUUGUCGAUGGAAUCGAAACUGAAGCUCCUGCAGUUUACUACCGGUUCCGAUCGGGUCCCGGUCGGUGGACUCAGUCGGCUGAAGCUGGUUAUCGCCCGAAAUGGACCGGACUGCGACCGAUUACCGACCAGCCAUACAUGUUUUAAUGUAUUGCUGCUGCCAGAGUACAGCACCCGGGAAAAACUCGAGGAACGCCUACUGAAAGCCAUUAACUACUCCAAAGGAUUCGGAAUGCUUUGAUGGACACCGAAGACGAAUCAUAUAUUGUAAAAGCUUAUACUACAUUUACAUACAUUUCGCAGGAAACCUACAAACAUAUAUGAUUUAGGAAUGGAUGAAAAAGAUGAAGAAUAUCGGCCAGAAUUCUUUUUCAGAACUGUGAAUGCUCUGAAUAAUUCAAACGGAAUGUGAAAAUUUUGAAUUGUUGUUUCAUAUUUUUUGAAGUCGAAUGUAAAAAUGUUUUUUAACUUUGUUUUGACGAUCUCGUAAAUAUGGAUUUUACUACACAGCAAUCAUGCUGAAUGAUUACGUUCUGGCGGCGUCACCGGUGCAUACUUUGCUGGAAGGCGAAAUAUUUCUGCAAAAUCGACUUUGUAAGACAUUUUCUAUUAUACAAGUUUUUGUGAGAUACGUCUAUUGCUUUUUGCUAAAGCAGUUGUACUUAAUCGAUAUACUUUUGAUUUUUCCCCCAAAAAAUAGGUGAAACAAUAAAUUCGAAGAAUGUGCCCGAGCCAUGAAAAAUAAA